AUGUUGUCGUCACCUUUACGAGCUUACGCAUCCAAUGGAACAGGUACAGGAGGUCCUCUAGUAGGCGGUCGACCAGCACUUAAUCCACAAGAAGACACACGGAUGGCAGUGGAUGCUACAGGUGCAGGUGCGCAAGAUACUACUUUAAGGGUUGCUUCUUACCACACUGCUGCAUCCUUCGCGACCAUUCUUCACCGUUAUUUUUGAAGUGGGAAAAACAAGGGAGAGGAUAAUCAUAAAUCCGAAGAAUGCAAUUGCAAUGAUGUAGUUGCAACCCCUAAAUUGUACGGCUUCAUCGAAUAGCAAACUCUUUGAUGCUCCAGCUCCGCGCUUGUUUAGUCGAGCCUACCACCCACUAGUUUGGUCUACGUGGAGUGAGCAUCUCUUCAAACCGGUAGAGGCGGACGCAAGAAACGAUGCCGUAGACGCCGUCGAUUUCGCUAACAUGCUUCAAAACAAAGCCAAAUCGCUGCAAAGCCUUGCGCAGUCUUACAUGAUGGAGAAGCAGUCUGCAAGACAGCAUAACGCAACAGGAGGAGUUAAGGUCUCUCAGUGAUUAAUUCGUCUACUUACACAGACUGAUAUCUUCAAGUGUCUCAGUGACUUGUACAUGCUUUCAACAUCUGGAGCUCCACAGAUGAAGUGUGGCUCACAUUAACAGAUUAAUACGUGUCUCAGAUACUUAUCUCCACCAUCUUUUUAGUUGUCCUUCUCCUUUCAGGAGACUCAGUAGUUCCUUCUUGGAGUCUCCUGACACCAUGUCCAUGAGCGUACGUAGAAGAGAAAUUGAGUUGUGACGAGCAGCUCUAAAAUAACAGCAGGUGGGACUGGGGCGACACCACUGUUGGAAAACAGCAGCAGGGGUUCGGGCUCUCGGGGCGAAUUUCUGAUUGACAAGCGAGUGGGUUUACAACAAGGACUACUGGACGAACAAGCCGCAGGCAAAGCCAAUCACUGGGCACCUCUGUCCUCCUCGUCAGAGACUCCUGAUGUUAAGGCUCAAUAUGUUUCAUUUCUAAGAGUCAUUUCUCGCAGCUUCCUUCUUGCAAUUGUGGAGAAAUGAAGGCAAGAAAUGAAAUGCUUUGCGCUCUAAUUAUGGCGCUGCUGUUCUUUUUCCGAAUUCUGUAAAUCUAUGGCUAUCUUCUUCUAGUUCUAACUCUAUAAGAUACAUAUUUGAUAAUUAUAAUGGAAAUGGGGUCGUGUUGAGCCAACGUAGGUAUACUAUUAUGUUGAACUUCUUGAUGGGCAACAUGGGAGGAACCGAACGUAAUAGAGGGGUGUCCUUUGUCACUAUCAAUAUCAAGGUCUUCAAGGAUAAAAAAUUUUCAAGCGACGACCCCUCCCACCUUCUUCCAUGACCCAUGACCCCAUAGUACCUAGAAGAAGUGACACAUAGUAAGUAGGUGCUCUAUAAUUAGAUCUAAUAGAUGAGUACUCUAAAAAUAGAUGAGCACAUACAUGAACAUAUUUUUGAUAAAUUUAGUUCCUGCUCUAAUAGAUCAGUACAUACAUAGUUGUAAGUUCCUGCCCUAAGAAUAGUAAUCCAUAAGCUCAUAGUAAGCUCCGUAUCCUCUAAGAAUUGAGUACUUAUUCGAAUCGGUGAAAGCGCUUCCUAUUCGCGACCCUGAACAAAGAUUAAGGCUUCCCCCAAUCCAUCUCAUGAAGCAUCCUAGCGAGGCUUUUUAAGGGGAAAAGGGCCCUGGGAUGAGUCUCAAGAUGGAUAAGGGUGAGCUCUAAAGGGAGCAGCUAUGGCCACAAAGUCCAGCCGCGAUCGAUACAUGGC